UUCGUUGUUUAAACCCUCGACACCUUCACUGCACUCCUAAAACCCCAAAUGCCAGUCAUCUCUGAACCCAGAUAAUGCUAUCCGCUUCCUCAAGGCAUUUCCGAUGCCACAGAGCAGCAGAGCUAUUCAAACCCCCUCUGGGUCCCGACCCGUUUCCGAUUCGGAUUCAGAAAUCUCCACCACUUCCCGACCCGAACAACCGGCCAUCCUUCACCACCGUAACUUCAUCCAUCAACCACACUCACCCCUCUUCCGAAUCACAACAACAAACACUAGUGACCCAAAUUCUCUCCACCAUUGAAAACGCCCCUACAUUACUCCAAUCCCUACACAACAAACGCAUCUUCCUAACCCCCAAAUCUUUCAACCGCGUUUUGAUCUCAGCCGCCCAAAGAAACCAUCUUUACCUCGUAACCCAAAUCUUCAAGCUCGCAAUUGCUUCCAAAAUCCAACCUUUAAACUCAGAUUGCUAUCUCACUGUAGCCAAAGCCUUUGCAAGAGCAGAUGAUUGUGUUGUGGAGCUGCUCAGUUUUACCGAGCAAGUAUUGGAAUUGACCCAACCGAGCAUGACAGUAAUAAACAGGCUUCUCUUUGCAUUGGGUCAAUGCAAAGAGACCGAUAAUGCGAUUCUGAUCUUCACCCAGGUGAAAGAUCGAAACUUUACUCCGGAUAUGUACACAUACAACACUGUUCUUGAGAUAUUGGGCCGGGCGGGUCGGACAGGUGAGAUGCUGGGGGUGUUUGGGGAAAUGAAGGAAGCUGGGAUUGACCCGGAUUUGGUUUCUUACAAUACAGUGAUAAACCAUGUGAGGAAGUUUGGGGAAGUUGAUAUGUGCUUGUUGUAUUUCAAGGAAAUGUGUGAAAUGGGUGUUCAGCCUGAUUUGCUUACUUACACUGCAGUCAUUGAUGGGUUGGGGAGGUCAGGAGACAUUGAGGAGUCGUUGAAGUUGUUUGGUGAGAUGAAGGAGAGGCGGAUUUGGCCUUCGUUGUAUCUUUAUAGAGCAGUGAUUAGUAAUUUGAAGAAGAUGGGGAAGGUCGAGAUGGCGGCGAGUUUUAUGGAGGAGAUGAAUUCGUGUGCUUCAAGUCUUCGUGCUAGUCGUAAAUCGAAUAAAUGCGAGUAGAAUAGCAUCUCAAAUGCGACUUGAGUCCCUCUCAACUGCCGGAUGAUGAUAAGGAAGAGGAAGCGUGUGUCAUUGGUGGGGAAGCCACGUGGCAUUGGGAGGGAGGGCUCAAGGAGUGUUGGACUGGAGAGUAGGAUGAAGAAGAGGUGGGAGAUUCCUAGUGAGGUGGUGAUGUUCCAUGGUUUGGAGGGGGACGGUGUUGCUGAAAUGGGUGAUGUGCUGCCGAAGAUUAGGACCAUUUCAUGUGUUGAUGACACGCCGAGGGGGUCAGGGCUGGCCAAAAGGGUGGUGGAAUUGAUUGAGAUGAGGAAGUAUUUUAGCAACAGUAACGAGGUCUGCCAGGAAUUGAGUUUUGCAAAAGAGGAGGAUGAUGAAGAAGAAUAAGUGGGAGCAUGGAGGAUUUGUAUCGAUGAGCAGGUAGCAAAGGAUAUACAACUACUUGAUUCCAUGCGGAGAAACAAGCACAAAUAUUUUUGGAAUAGUGCAAAUUGUUUCUCGCUGAUGUUCAGAUUCAGUCUAUAUAUCCAUUGCAUGAUGUUUCUGAGCUGGAACAAAGGCUUACAGAACAAUCAAAGAUACUCUCAAGUCUUCAACAACAGGUUGAUGAUUUGGCAUCAAAGCAUGAGGAGUAUGCAGAGGUAGAAUCCAUAUUGCGUUCACAUUUGGAAUCUUUUCUAGAAACUGCAAGAUCAUUCAAUAUGAUUUACACCAAGGUCUGACCUGCUUUUCCUUAAUAUAUUGCCUUUUUUGACAUUCAGCUGUUAUUGUUUUUCUUGUUAUCUCUUACUAUAUACUGUACCAAAUGAAGGAUUAUGGUAUAGUUACUUAGAAAUGUAUAUUUUUUUUCAUGAUGGUGAAUUUUAUACUUUUUAGUGGACUCCAUAUUCAUAUUGUAUGUAUGACAAAAUUGAAUUUGCUUCUGUGCGCUCCAUGCUAGUUGAAAAUUUCAUCUUUUAGCUACUCUGGUCGAAUGCUAUCAUUAAUUUUGAUGCCAUCCAUACUAUAUAUUGUUAUUGAGUUUUUUCUGUGUGCAUGUGUAUGAGGGACAUAGUUUUAUUUGCAACCUUGAAAUGUCAUUUCAUAGGAAAUUCAUCCCUGGACACACAUGAUGGAGGUACCCCAGCUCCCUGGGUUCGGGCCAGCUGCCAUUCCCUUGUUGGAGGCAUAUAAGAUGCUUUUGAAGGUAUCUCAUUGAUAAUCAAAUCAGAUGUCAAUACAUUUCCUCAUAGCACAUUUUGAGGUUUAUUAGACUGAAGCUAAAGUAUGAAUGACCCUUUCCUAGUCCUUAUGCCACCACUGGUAUAUUUUAGUGGUUUACGAUACAAAGCCAGAACCUUUUUAUUUAUUUAUUUGGUUAUAUUGGAGGGGAAUCGAACCCCUGACCUAGGCUAGUCCUUACCCAAUUCCCAACCCUCCCUCUACACUGACACUCAGGAAACUCAAUAUCAAUAAAUCAUUUGAUGCUUCUAUAUUUCUAAACUCUUUGCUAUAUGAGUGAAGUCUUUCCGUAGUUCUAUAGUUUUCUACUACCGUGUUUCAGAUGAAUUAAAGCGUUUAUUUAUUGUAUUGAGCAUAGGCACGUUGACCUAAUGAUGCCUGGUUGGUGUUAGGUAGGCUCUAAGCAUAAGGGACUUUAGUUGGAAGGAGUCAGGGGUGAAACUAGUUGAAAGUUGUUUGCACAUGUCACUUUUUGCAUGAAGAUGCAGCUUUUGGAAAAAGUAACUAUUUUUUUUCCUGUUUCUGGGGGCCUAUUUUUGUCAACUUGAACAUUGUUCCUGUCAGAUAUCUACAGAGGUUUCAUGGGGUUUGAUUCCUUUCAUCACUGCCCUUUUGUCUUAACUCGUAAUAUUGAUCUUCAAUGUUUCAUGCUGUGUCUCCUCUCUCCCAUCUUUUCAUGUUAAUGCCUCUUCUUGCUGUCAUAUGGGAAUGCUGUAGCAGUUAAUCAACCAAAUGGCAUAGACUUGGCUUGGGUUAACUCACUGGUGUUUCUUAUAGUAAGCAGUUUGUGUACCAACAAAAUAAUAGAAAACUGAACGAUAGAAAGGGGAGUUAUGCCAUUUUGAUGUUGUUUGGGAGUAGGUUGUAGACUUGUAGGAAAUGGAAGGAAAAGUAGGACUGGUACUUCUCCUUUUAACCUGUGAAAGCAUUUCCUAUAAUGAUGCAGGUAAAGUCGGUGGGAACGAUUUUGUGGACCAUUUCUGGAUUUCUUUCCCUACCAUGUAUUCUCAUUAAACAAGGAAGAUCUAGUCUUCCUUCAAAUCCGUCCUCCCAUAUAUGUUCUUCAAUUGCACAAUAGAAGAGGAUCUAUUGAAUUUUAUCCUCCUUGCUCUUUCUUGCUCCCCCAACAUGUCACCAGUUCCUGAUAACCUUUUCUCCAUGUGUGUGUGCAAAGGGGGUAGGGAGGUUUUGGGCAGGCAAAGGUGGGAUGGGCAGAUAGCGGGAAUUGAACCUGCAUCUUCUCCUUGGCAAAGAGAAAUUUUACCAUUCGACCAUACUGUAGUAUUGGUAAACUGACCAAAUUAAUCUGUCUUUCUACAAUAAAACCUUAUAUUAUCCUUAAUUUGCUUGCCACUAGUUCUUUUUCUUGAUAUUAAAAUGUAUUCAAAGUUAUAAAUAAAACAACACAAAAAGAUGACACAUAACGUAAAAAAUGCAGCUUGUGACCAAAUAGGUGUGUGAGAAGUUGAAAUUCUUCUUAUUAUAGAAUACAGGGUGCACCAUGAUGCUGCAGUUUCACAAGACACAUGCUGCUCUUGCUGUUGGACAUCUGACUCAGUUGCUGGUGAGCCCUCCUGUCACAAGAAUAUUCUCAGAUUGUGAAUCUGCAUUGACAGUCUUAAGUCAUGACUUGGAAUUCUCUCGGCUUCCAUUGCUCGAGAGCAAGGUGGAUAGGUGAAGUCUUAAGUCUGCUGCUGUUCUUCCUCUUGCACAUAUUACAUGCUGUGUCAAUUUUUCUGAUCACUUUUUUUGGUCAUGCGAUGAGAUAAAUAAGCGACUAGUUUCCACUUCGGAGAACAAAAUUCAGCUUUUGGUUGGUUAGUGAUUAAUGAAAAACUAGACGUCAUUCUUAAAUUAAACAAUGCCUUCUUUCAAAGAAGAAAAAAGCACUAUGCCUUUUAUUACAUUAUGCCACUCAAUUAAUUUUUACUGCAAUCAGUUGGCUUAAAAGAGAUGGACUCUUUCUUGAGGUCAUAGCCUAUCAAGAAAUUCAUUUGUGCCAUACUGCCAAAGAUGGCAUUACCUUGAGUGAUGGGUCUGAAAGCGAAGCAGACAACAUCCAUUGACACUCUUAUGAAAGUGUUCGAAGCUUUCAACUUAACAGCCGCACCGGUGAAAUGUGCAGUAAUUAUGGGAGCUUUGAUAGCCGAUUUGGUCUUGUAGCAAAGGCCUAAGUAGCGGCUAGCGAGUCUUACUCGUUUUGAUCUUAUGGCCUUACUCAUUGUAAAAGUCCUUUGGUAACAUUGUUAGUGUAGUCCCAGAAUCAACUAUGAUAUUUCCCCUUCCUGGAGCUAUUGGCAUCAGUGUACUGUUGUAUUGCAAUUUCUUGCGUCCCAC